AAAGCCGCGAAGAUUUUUAAUCAAGACAAGAAGAUUUUCCCAGGUUUCGCGAAGGAAGGAAAAGAAAAAGACGAAAAAGAAGGAAGUAGAAAUGCCACGCAGUCUCCCCAACAUCAUCAUCACGGGCACACCCGGCACAGGCAAGACCAGCCAUAGCGAGCUGCUCGCCGAGCGCACGGGGCUCAAGCACAUCUCGGUCAACGACGUGGUCAAGGACCGCGAAUGCCACGAGGGGUGGGACGACGAGUAUCAGAGCUGGAUCGUGGAUGAGGACAAGCUGCUUGACGCCAUCGAAGACGAGGUCAAGCAGGGCGGCUGCAUAAUAGACUGGCACGCGUGCGACCUGUUCCCAAAAAGCUGGAUCGACCUGGUCGUGGUGCUGCGGGUGGACACGGCGACGCUGUAUGACCGGCUGGCGGCGAGGAAUUAUCCCGAGGUGAAACUGCAGGAGAAUAUGGACUCGGAGAUCAUGGACGUGCUGCUGCAGGAGGCCAAGGAGUCGUAUGACGAGGAGAUUGUAGUGGAGCUGCGGAGCAUAACGGCCGACGAGAUGGAGAGCAAUGUCGAGAGGAUCGAGCAGUGGUUUGAGCAGUGGAAGAAGGACAAUGCCCCAUGAGGGCUGUUAAGGGGUUUGUUUAGGGAGGUUGGCUAGGGGAGAGAACUCGGACAUGAGGAAUGACCAUAUCAGUCAGACCCACCAAAGCU